AUGACCGCACGGGAAUUUAUUAGCCGUGAUUUUUACAUUCGACUGGCUAAUAGUACUGAUAAUUCGCUGAUGUAUUUUACGGCCGGCGGAUUUGUAAUCCUGCUGAUUUUACAGAACCUUUAUGUGCGCACUUUGGAAGCCGAUACUGAUGCUGAUGGAGAAAAGCCGGAGCGAAAAGCGAGUACUUCAUGA